AUGGUAGAUUAUAACAAACGAUCUUUUUGGAAUUUUACAUUUAAAGACAUAUUAGCUAUUAUAAGUUCAGUCGCGAUACCCAUAGCCCUGGCUAUUUAUACUUCAAUCGGUUCUGCACAACAAAAACAACAAGCUGAGAAAAAACAACAGUUUGAUUUUGCACAAUCAAGAGAACUAAGACAACAAACACUUUAUGAUGAAUUUAUAAAUAAUAUUUAUAAAUUAGAUAAAGAUAGUUAUCUCAACGACUCAAAAAAUCCAUGGGCAUUUGCAAAUGCAUAUUAUCGUGCUGCUCAUCGUCAAUGGGAUACAAUACGUAAAGCAGAUGUUAUACAAUUUCUGAAAGAAAAGCAAUUAAUUGGUAGAAAUAAUUGUACGAAUGGAUGUAAAACGACAAAAUUAGAUGAUAUGAUUCGUUUAAGCGAGUUAAAUUUUGAUAAGGUACAUUUAGCAAGUGAAACUGGCAUAUUAAAUAAGUUGAAUUUACAAUGCACUUCUUUUGAACAAGUAUCAAUGUCAAAUGGGGAGUUUACAUCGGUUAAUUUAAAUGGUGUAUCAUUUGAUGGAGCACGAUUAGAUAACGUGAAAUUUGUUGAUGCAUCUUUAAUUUGUGCUAGUUUUAUUGGUGCAAAUCUGACAGGUGCACACUUUUCAAAUAGUGAUCUGUCGGGAGUUCAAAUGACCGAAGAUCAAAUAAAACAGGCAUACUUUUAUAAUGUAACUAUGCCAAACGGAAAGAAGAGUGAAACUAAAUCCUCAACGACAACAAAAAAACCUAUAACACAAACAACAACAAUAAUCAAAACAAAAAUAUCGACAACGUCAUCAUCAUCAUCAACUUCAACAACAACAGCAACAACAUCCACUGCAUCAUUCAUAACAACUUCAACAUCAUCAACCUCAUCGACAACAUCAACAUCAACAGCAAUAUCGAGUGAGUACCAUGUUAAAUCCUUUGUAGUGACACAAAAGAUGAUUACUAGAAGUGAUGAUAUUUAA